AUGUUAAAGGCCACCAAAAAAAUGGAAAUGAACGAGAUUGCUAAACACAAGACACUGUGGAAAAUGAACUCAGCCAGUGAAUCUUUAUUGAUUACUGGUGUAGAAGACAAUCCUUUGAAGAAAUUUACCAUUCCCAAGAUUAGAAGGGCAGCUGGGAAAGUUUACUUGUCAUCUUGUUUCACCAAUACUAGAGAGUAUAGUUUCAUACAGGACACUCUUAACCAGUGCCGGCUUGAUAUAAGGUGUGAUCUACAGUCGUCAUGGCAAUUUGGGGAUACAAAACUGGUUCAUAAUAAAGAUCUGGAAAACAGUUUUACUUCUAAGAGGACAGAGAUGCGUGAGAAUGGAAGACAUGGCAGAGAACUAGAAGAACAGUUCUGCUUUUUAUCACUUCCUCAGAGGGAUGUGGCUGAGAUAUAUAAGAAUGGGAUAAGCACCAAAACAUCUACAUUGAAGAUAUUAGGAAAUCCUCUUCUUGGAGUUUAUAUGUUUAGACAUGUUGAUGUUGCCUUGAAUUAUGCUCAUAGCAGAAGCAUUAAGAUAGAAAGUAUUAUAAUUUUUAAGGUAUACUUCUAUGAAUACAGUGAAUUUUCAGAACCAGUAGAUAAACCUAGGCAGUGUCUUCCAUAUGCAAUAGUCACAGUAAAAUUUAUUGGUCAAAAAGUAGGUAAUGGACACCUUAUGACAUCUUUGAGAUUCCUUUCAACAGGAUUUCCUAAGAGAGCUGAAAGAGCAUGCUCUCUGAAUAACUGUACUGUGGCCAAAAGAAUUGGAAAAGGAAAAGAUGCUACUGUCAUCUAUGAGCAUUUCAGGAAACCUGUGGAUACAUUUGCGCAGGAAAACUGUUCGUGCAAUGCACUAAAUUCAGAGAUAAACUCUCCCAAUGCAAAUAAUUCUAGUUCCUAUGAAAAUGUACAAGAUGGAAACAUUUCUGUCCUUGAAACAUACAAUGGACAGAUGAAGCACAAUUUAGCAGAAUGUAAAGACACUUCUGAAGUACAUGCAUAUGAUUCAGGUCUUUCUAUUCCCAGUGAUACCAGAGAAAGUGUUAAUGGUGACCUCUUGUUAAAUUUGACACAUCUUAAAAAUAUUUUAAGUGGUCUUCCUGCUGCUUUUCCCCUUCAUAACAAUAUUGGCUCAAGCACAGUUAUUACUUCAAAAGUCAUCAAAGACCCAAGACUUACAAGGAGAGAAGAAAACAUGGAAAAACAUAAUAGUACAGGUUUAAAUGAGAUAUUGCCAUUUAAGAAGAGUUCAGAUUUAGUUAAUUCAGAAAUAAACCUAUCUGUACCAACUAAUUCUGCCUCCUCAUCUGAAGUCAUGCCUGGUGAUGAUGCUGUUCUUACUAAUUGUUUGGGUGCUCCUUGCUCCAAACUUUCUUUUGAUGAUUCACAAUCUCAGGCUCAUAACAUGGGCUCUAAGAACUGUGAUUAUACAAUUCCCAAUAAAAUUACCAUGGCAGGACAAUUUCAGGACCAAGACAAUUUUUCCUUCCCAAUGUGUUCGUCAAAUGUAGUUUCAGAAGUUGAGAACCAAAAACACACUGAGGAAAAAGCCCAGAGAUCCCAACAGAGAAGUAACAUCCCACUUUUAUUUGAACAAAAUAGUGAGGCACAUAACUCUCAUGAAUCAAUGAAUACUUGUAUGAAAGGGUAUAACAGAAACCUUUCUCAGGAAUCACAGUCUUCUAAUUUAAAAACUCUAUGUCAGACUGGUCACACAACGUCUGCAGAUUUUCCAUUCCAAAGGAAAGAAAGCAUACCUGAGUAUAUACAAAACACUGGAAAGGUGAGAAAUUUCACUGGCCAUGAAGACGAUUCCAAACAUACAGAAGAGCAAAAUUUGUGGAAAGAGAUUGAUAAUUAUUGUACUAAUAAAACAAAAACCAGUCCAGUAGAUAAUUGCAUUUUUUUGCACAAAGAAUGCAAAGAGGAUGAAAAUCUUGAUUCUUUCGGGAAAAAAUGUGAUCAAAUGUUAAUCACUCAAGAGUUAGAAACAUCAAAGUCUUCUAUACCCAGCACAAAUAAUAAGUAUGAGCUAGGCUAUCGAGCAUUGGAAGUACAAAAUGCUCUUACUCCAAGAAUGGAAAGCCUUUCACAAAAGCAUUCUCAACACUGUUUGGAGAAUGAAGAUAACAUUCAUACCGGUUUUGCCAUUUCUCAAAAACUAAUGGAACUGAAAUUGAAAAAGACAAAUCAAAACUGUAUUAGCAUUAUAACUGAUGCUUUCCAGGAAGCAAAAGACAUUCCUCAGGCCAAAGAACUGCCAAUAGAUACAGUUAUUUCAUCUCAUGACAUUAAAAUAGUUCAUGACAAUUCACAUUGCAGCGUAACUAGAGAACAUACAUAUGUCCAUAGGAAAAAUGAAAGUGAUCCAGUGUCAUUAGAAAACAUUCAAAGAAACUGUAAAGAAACUUCUCAAAUUGGCGAUAAAGGUCAAGAUUAUACUCUGUUCUGUAAUGCGCAGUUGAAUAAUGAUAUACACCUGAAUGUUGAUUUCAAAGAACAAAGAGAUCAUGAUAAAGAAAGCCAAACUGAGGCUAACGAGGAAGACGUUGCUUCAUCUACAGAAAACAGCACAGAAAAUGUAUGUGGAGAUGAGAAGCUGGAUUUUCAUACAAACAAAAAUUUUAUUAAUAUAGAUGAAAAGCAGAAGAAUAAAAAUUACAAUAAUGUAGAAAUUCUGAGUUCUGAAGAAUUUUCUACAUUGUAUUUGACUUGGGGGGGAAAAUAUGUAUCAACAGAAACUACAUUAUUGGAAACUGAAGAUACUAUCAAUGCCAUAAAACAAAAAGAUACGCAAAAUACCAUAAGGAGUGUGGAACGUUUCACUUCCAUAUACCCCCAAAUCUCAGAUUCUUCAAUGCAAGAAGCCUCAAAUGCUGAAAUACAGACAGAUAAUGCAAUGGUGCCCACAUUAGACACAAGUCAUGAAGACCACCAAAGACACAAGUCUAAAAAAAUUUGUUCUGAGAGUCCAGAUUUGGGAUUAUUAGUUAAGCCUAGGGUUUCUGGUUGUGAAAUGGGUCUGGAUAAAGACAAAUUAUACAACUCAUUUCAUCAAUCAAUAAGUGACAACUUAGUUCUUCAAAAUUUUGAAUUGGAAAGUGAAACUGAAGUAGAAUCAGAACAGUGUGAUGAUGCUUUUCCAUCUCAACAAGAUAUUCAUAGCCAUGGAAGUAUACUGUAUGAUGAAUUUGGGACCUUAUAUGAGACUCUCAAGUCUCGUAUCGAUUGGGAAGGGCUAUUAGGAAGCACUAAUGGGGAGAAUGAAGUUUUGAAAAGCACCACAAGCAGGGAGCAUAGUGACCAGGCUCACUCUGAUUCUUCCUCUACAGAAGAAAAUGAAGCAGAGCUCUUGUUCCCAAUUUUACUUCCAGAUCUACAAGUUACAUUUACUAAUACACUUAUGCCAAGAUUCAGGUCCACUGUUGAGUCCCUUGCAUUGAAAGAUACCUUUUGCAAAUAUAUAACUGAAGCCACAAAACCAGAAAUAUGUGAGGAAAAAGGGAAAGUUCCAGGAUUUGAAGUUUAUUCCCAGUGUUCUGGUGGAAAUUCAGAUUACCCAUGUGAAGAUAAAUUUGGUAAUAAAAGGCAAGAAUCGGGACAAGUGAGUAAAUCUGAAAUCUCACUUUCUUUUGACUUGAGUCAUAAUAAACUCAUGAAUCGUGCGUCAGAAAAACAAAACAGUGGACCUUUGCUUACUGAACUUUCAGAUGUCACAACAAUAAAUAAAGAAAGCAGAUGUUUACUUACAAAGUCAAAAACUGAUUGUAAUGAUACUAUAAGUAAAAAGGACACAGAGUCAAGAAUUAGCAAACGAAAGCCACAUAUACCUUUUAGGGACCAGAAUGUACAGUGUCAAGAAAUUUGUGAGAAGAAGAGGAAGCUAACUAAUCAAAACUCAUCUGAAUGUUUUUCUUCCUUAUCCAGAGGACGAAUCAAAACCUUUUCACAGUCAGAAAAACACAUUAGGAGUGUCCUGGAUAUUCUAAAUAGUGAAGUAUCUUUAUGCAAAAGCAAAUGCCUUUCAAAAAAACUUGACAGAGCUCUUCUUUACUUGAAAAAAGCUCAUAGAAGAGUUAACACGUCUUUGGAGCUUAUAGCUAAAGUGGGAGAAACUUCAAGAAAGGGCCCAUUACCCAAAUCAUACUCAAUAAUAUGCAAUAAUUUUUGGGAAAUUUGUGACCUUCAAGGUUAUAGUCCUUUUGCUGAAAGAAGAUAUUAUUCCACUAAGCAUUUUUUCUCAAAAAGGAAAUAUGAAAAGUCAGGAGAGAAAAGAGCUUUGGGGUUUGAAGUUGAUAAGUCAUUAACUCGUGUAUCAAAAUACCAGUCUUAUGGAACAAAUGGAGAGAGAAUCACAAAGUGUUUUUCUAAGAAAAAUGUGGCCAACCGUGUCUCCAGAAGCCACACCACUAUUCACGUGAGAGAAUUUUGUGACCAAGAAUAUCCUGAAUCACAGUUAACUCUCUGCUCCACAUCCCAAAAUACAAGUCAGUCAGCUUAUGACAAUACCUGUAUGAGAAAUCCAAGAUCAUCAGAACUUCAAUCCUUUUCUGGGAAAAUGGGGUGUCUGUUGUCCUCAGACUGCCCAGAUGAAAAACUCACUAAAAAAGAAAACCAGACUGGCAUAACAUCUUUAUCUAACAUUAAUAAAUAUGAAAAGCCUGAGAAGCAUUUAGCACAUAAUACUAAAGACGCAAUAGAAGGAAGUGCUGAGGCUAAUGAAAUGAUAAAUAAAACUAAUUCAGUAUCUUUAAGUUGCAUAAAAGAAAACAAUGUACGUUUUAGCUCAGACAAAAAUUAUGAUGCAACUUGUAUCGCUCACACAAAAGUGAAAACUGACAUAGUUAUUUCAGUCUUACAAUCAAAUGUGAAGCACUUUUUGAAUGUUGAUAACUACAAACCAGAUAACCUUAUUUUAUCUGGUUAUAAAAGAAACCUGGCAGUAAAUUUUCUAGAAAAACGGGCAUCUCCUACUGAAAGCUCCAAACCAGAUACUAUUACAGGAAAUGUCCUUAUGGAUCCAUUAAAUCAAAGUCUGACAAUAAGCAAAAAGUGUAACAGCAUUUCUCAAUUGUUAUCAAGUGUUCCAGUCGCACAUAAUGAGGAAUCUUCACAACCUUAUUUGGAUAAACAAAGGACUUUAGCUAUUGAUUCUUUUGCAAGAUCCACCAAUGUACCACACUGUCAGCAAGAAUGUGGUGGAAAGGAGCUUCUGAAGACAGAACAAUGCUUUCCAAGUAAUUGUAUCCCUAUAGAUGUGAAUGAAACCAACGUUACUGAGAAUUCUGAGUUGGAUCUCAUACCAGUAACUGAAGAAAGUAAAAGUUAUGGGGCAAAUAUAAUGAAAAAACCUUUUGCUAGUGAUAGUUCUCUGCUCUUAAAAGAUGAUAUAAAAGGUUCUUCCAAAAUAGGUAUUUCAAAGAAAGACAUUCCAGACAGAAAAAUGUGGAAAGCUAAAAAAACCAAAAAAGCACAAGAUUCAGUUCACGCAAAAAGUAUGAAUGAAGGAUCAACUGUUAGGAAUGAAUACAAGACUACGAUUUUAGAAGAAUCCCCCUAUUUAAGUGAGACAACAAUUAAAAAUAACUUGAUCGAUCUUCGUCUAAGCAUUAAAAAUACUAGUGAGGCAAUUUCUUUGAAUAACACAGUCUCUAAUCAGCUUAACAAAAGAGAAAAACAGGGGGUUAAAGUUAAUGACUCUCAGUUUGAUUCUACCCCACAACCAGACAUUUUAGGAAUGAAUCACAUGCCUGUUUUACAUGCUCACUCUGAAACCUCCAAAGUCACCACUCCUCGGAAGAAGCCUACAUCAUACAUAAAUAAAUUAGAAGAAAAACAUUGCUCAGCUAAUCAUUCAGAUCUCCCAGCUAGGCUAGCUCAAAUUUUAAGGAGGGCAGAUGAAGCUUCAUCUUUGCAGAGUCUACAGGAAGAAACUAAGAUUUGUCAAAGUAUUCUCCCCUUGUUUGUUGAAGCUUUUGAAAGAAAGCAAGAAUGUUCACUUGAGCAAAUCUUGAUUUCAAGAGAAUUGUUGGUAGAAAAAAACCUGUGGAAUAAUUGCAAACAGAAGUUAAAACCAUGUGCUGUUGACUCCUUGGUAGAACUCCAAAUGAUGAUGGAAACUAUUCAAUUCAUUGAAAACAAAAAAAGGCUCUUAAGAGGUGAACCGACAUUCCGAAGCUUGCUUUGGUAUGAUGAGACGUUGUACAGUGAGCUGCUUGGCAGGCCACGAGGAUUUCAACAACAAUCCAAUUUCUACCCUGCUUUUCAAGGAAGGCUAAAAUACAACGCGUACUGUGAGUUGCAGAACUAUCACGAUCAAUUAGCUAACUUAUUAGAAGACGCCAAAAAGGGAAAUUCAUACUACGCAUUCUUAAAAUGCAAACGACAGAUUAAUGAGUGUCAAGCAAUCUUGAGGCAUUGUUCUGAUUGCUUUGACUUUUCUCUUUCUGUUCCAUUUACCUGUGGAGUUAACUUCGGAGAUAGUUUAGGAGACCUUGAAACCUUAAGAAAAAGUACUUUAGAGCUGAUCAGUAUGUAUGGGGACUCCCCUAAAGUUGAUUCUCAUCUAGGAAAACGAGACCAUAUGUGGAUUAUCAUUGAAAUGAUCUCCUCAAAAGUUAAUUUUAUCAAGAGCAAUGAGGCAAUAGGUAUUAAUAUAUCUCUUUAUGGUCUGGAACAUAUCUUUUUCGAUGCUGCGAAAAGUCUUGUUUGGAAAGAGAAGAGACAAUCUAUCAGCAAAAAAUGCUCAGGACAGAAAAAUAAAGAAACACUACUCAAGAUGAAUCAAUCUUAUUUUUCUAAAUUGCAAAAGAUAUAUGAUACAUUGUCUAAAGAAUUAAGCAGUGAACAAGUUUCCAAUAUUGGGCUUGAGGAGAAUACUAUGGUGGCUUCCAGAAAGUCAGAUGACCUAAUAAACAAAGAAACAAUUAGCAGAGAAAACUGUAAAUUUAACAGUACUUUGCUUUCACAUCCAGAUAUCUGUUGUAUUAAUGAAGUAUUGGAUCAAGCUGAAUUUGCAGAUUUUAAAAAAUUACAGGAACUCACUUUGAGAUGUACCAAUCACUUAGAAACUUUAAAAAAGUAUUUUCAGAUGCUGCAAGACGAUAACAGAGAAAAUAUUUUUAUUACAGAAGAAAACGUUUUGGAUGUGGUCGAAAACCACAGCAAUGAGGCUAUAAUUUUAAAACCUGCAGCCACUGAAACCUAUAUUGAAAUAGCCAUGCUCUCAGAAACAGUUCACUUCCUUAAAAACUCAAUGGCAAAGAAACUAGAUAAACAACGGCUUCGAGGUAUGCUUUGGUUUGACUUGUCACUUCUUCCUGAUCUGGUUCACUGCCAAGAAAAAAUGGCUUCUUUUUCAUUUCUUAAAGAUAACUCAACAGAUUGCCUUUGGAAAGUGAUAGAGACUGCUAUUUCCGAACUUAAGGAAGAUCUGGAUAUUAUCAACAGACAUGAUGAAGCUGCUUUUAAUCACUCAUACGCUCUUCAUUUGUUCUCAAGAGAACUUCAAGAACUUUCACAAGUUAAAAAACUUCUACAGAAGUCUGAAUAUUCCGUUUCCACGUAUAUUGACUUUGUGCCAUGUGUAGCAUCCAUAAAUUAUGGAACCACUGUGACAGAGUUAGAAUACAACUACAGUCAGUUUUCUACGCUGCUCAAAAAUAUAUUGGCUGCCCCUCAGAAAGAUUUAGGGAAAAUGGCCCAUAUUGUGAAAGUCAUGAAAACUAUUGAACAUAUGAAGAUAAUGUGUGCUAAGAAUGCUGAAUUAACCAUUUCCUUUAUCCUGUGCCAAAUGCUGUAUAAUAGAGAGAAGACUUUUCAAUUGGAGAGAGGAGAAAAAAUGAAUGUUCAUGUAAAACCUAGGAAGGAUAUUGAUAAAUCCAGUACUUGUAAAAACGUACCCUCAAUUUCAGAGUGCCUAAUGAAAAAUGUUUCAAAUUCUUCUAAAAAACGACCUAUAACUGUAGACAAAUGUCUAUAUUGUCAGGAACAAGAGAACUAUACUACAGUUUCCAGUUAUAAAAAACAAAAGGUUAACGUGAAAGAUGUCACAAAAAUCAACAAAGAAAAGGCAACGUUCAAGCAUCCAAGGACCACAAGAUCUCAUCCCGAAAGUGCAAGUAAAAUAGGACCAAGUUCAUCUAACAACCAGAGAAGAAACCGUGGAUCUCCAAAAAAGGUUGAAAUGCAAAGAUCAUUUCCUGACUCACCUUUAUCUUUAAAGAACUUAAAAGACACUGGCAUGUUGAAGUCACAGGGAACAAUAGAAUUAACUAAUAUUUCAUCUGCUACUUCAGAAGAUUUCACUGGACAACAGGGAAAUGUAAAUAGCAUGAAGAAGAGAGAUGUGAAUUUUAGGGCUGCUGAAACAAAAAGUGAUAAGAAAGAAUGUUCAUUUGUAUUACAUGACCAAAAAAGUGUAGAUGGCACCUUUUCAAAAGACCAUGAAACACCUUCACAGAAAUUACUUAACAAUUCCCCAAAUCCCUCAGACAUAAAACCAGGGACUGAUGCUGCUCUUCUGCCUAAUGCAUCAGGACCCUCAAAGUUCUGUUUUGCGAGGGGUAUCCUUGCCAAUUUAGAAAUGAAUGACACUGUUUCUGAACUUCAAGAUAAUGAAAUAUUAAAUUCAUCUAUUACAAAUUCUACAGUCACUAAUUCUUCAGAACCUAUAUUUAUCCAGAACAAAAUACCUGUUCCACAAAUACAUAAAACACAACCUGCAAAAACUGAGUCAAAAGGAAAAUAUAUGAAAGAUACAUUGAAUCCCAGCACUGCACCUGUUGAAACACCUGAGAACAUAAGCCUUAAUGUCAAUCAAACAGCAGAAUACUCUUUUUCUGAACAACAGAAUAACGAAAGUUCCAAAGUCCAAACCCAGAAUGCUGCCAGAUACCAGAAUGAGCUUCCACAGUCUGCACGUACCCCAAUAUAUAAUUCUUCUGAACACUCAUUUGGAACUUUAAAUCCUUCCUAUGCUUGGUGUGUUUAUCAUUACAGCAGCAGCAAUGGCAGUUCCAUUACCCAGACAUACCAGGGCGUAACAUCAUUUGAAGUACAGCCACUUGCUCCUGAGAUGUUGACUGCAGUUUCAAAUACUGUCCAAAAUACACAUUCUAAUCUUUUGUAUUCUCAAUAUUUUGGCUGCUUUGCUGGGGGACCACAAGCUUGUAGCUUUGUGCCAGCAAAUAUGUAUUUCCCAUCUCAGAUGCCUAUUUCCUACACUGUUCAGCAGCCAGCUUUUCCACAGUUUGCUUCCUAUCAACCAUUACCACAAGCUGCAUACCCUUACCCUCCUAAUUCAGGUGUGCUUCCACAAGUUCCUUGGACUUAUGGUGAGUUUCACAAGUGUUAA